AUGCGCGUAGCGUACACGUUGGCAGCGCUCCCUUAUCCCUCGCUGACUUGCUUGACGACGAAUAUGCUUAACAUGAUGACGAUCGGCUGGAUUGUCAUGCUACUUGCCAUGCUCGUCGAUGCAGAGCCAGGUCUGCAGAUUGGAAUCAAAAAGAGAGCAGAAUGCACACGCAGAUCUCAGAAGGGCGACAAACUUUCAAUGCAUUAUGUCGGCAAAUUGGAGGACGGGACUCAAUUCGAUUCAUCUCGCGAUCGCGAUCAGCCCUUCGACUUUACACUGGGCGCUGGCAUGGUGAUCAAAGGCUGGGAUCAGGGCUUGCUUGGCAUGUGCCCCGGCGAACUUCGCCGUUUGCGCAUUCCUCCUAGUCUUGGAUACGGCGACAGCGGCGCUGGCGGCGUGAUCCCUGGCGGAGCCACACUUCAGUUUGACGUGGAACUCUUGAAGCUAAAUCAGGAUGAGCAAUCAGCGCAGCAUGACGAUCUGUGA